CUUACAAGAAUCAAAACAUCAAAAUUCGAUUGGUUUAUUUGAAGUGAACAAGUUUAUUAAUUAAUACAAGUCGUAAUGACUGCUACAGCUGGUCAGGUCAUCAAGUGCAGAGCUGCGGUUGCGUGGGAAGCAGGGAAGCCACUGGUGAUUGAGGAAGUGGAGGUGGCACCGCCACAGGCUAAUGAAGUACGCUUGAAGAUCCUCUUCACUGCCCCUUGCUGCACUGAUGUCCAUUUCUGGGAAGCCAAGGGACAGACACCAUUGUUUCCCCGAAUAUUCGGCCAUGAGGCUGGAGGUAUUGUUGAGAGUGUUGGUGAGGGCGUAACCGAACUUCAGCCAGGAGACCAUGUACUCCCUGUGUUCACUGGCGAGUGCGGAAAGUGCCUGCACUGCAAGUCAGAGGAGAGCAACAUGUGUGAUCUCCUAAGGAUCAACACUGACAGAAGCACCAUGAUCAUUGAUGGGAAGACAAGGUUCUCUAAAAAUGGACAACCCAUUUACCAUUUUCUUGGGACCUCUACCUUCAGUGAGUACACCGUUGUCCAUGCUGGAUGUGUUGCCAAGAUUAACCCUGCUGCCCCCUUAGACAAAGUCUGUAUCCUUAGCUGCGGAAUAUGCACGGGUCUUGGAGCCACUCUGAAUGUUGCAAAACCGAAAAAGGGUUCAUCUGUUGCUAUUUUUGGAUUGGGGGCUGUUGGCCUCGCUGCUGCUGAAGGUGCGAGGAUUUCUGGAGCUGCUAGGAUCAUUGGUGUUGAUCUGAACUCGAGUCGAUCCGAAGAAGCCAAGAAGUUUGGCGUGACUGAGUUUGUAAAUCCAAAAGAUCACGAAAAACCUGUUCAAGAGGUUAUUGCAGAGAUGACUGACGGAGGAGUGGACCGGAGCGUCGAAUGUACAGGAAGCAUCCAAGCUAUGAUCUCUGCAUUUGAAUGUGUUCAUGAUGGUUGGGGUGUCGCCGUGCUAGUCGGUGUUCCAAAUAAAGAUGAUGCAUUCAAAACCCAUCCAAUGAAUUUCUUAAAUGAGAGGACUCUGAAGGGUACCUUCUAUGGCAACUACAAACACCGGACCGAUCUCCCUUCUGUUGUGGAAAAGUACUUGAACAAGGAAUUGGAACUUGAGAAAUUCAUCACUCACUCGGUCUCUUUCUCGGAGAUCAACAAGGCCUUUGACUACAUGCUGAAAGGACAGUCUAUCCGGUGCAUCAUCCGCAUUAUAUAUAUCUGUAUAUCUAUAUAUUUGUAUGUUGUAUUUGUAUAGGUGUUUGUCCCUGUCACGCUGAAAAGAGAAUAAUUUGGAUAUGCUCAUGCAUGUUCUAGUAUUGUGCCGAAAAACUACGUCUAUGAUCACAAUGCGGUUUAAGUGGCUUUUGUUUCUAAUGUUUCUCUUGUACUUUUUGAGUCCCACUUUGCUCAUAAAUAUGUUUGUGUUUUCUUUA